GACAGAAUAAAAUGAAUAAAAAAUCCGAAUAACUAGAUCUUAACUCUAGCCGCUCGAUCACAAAGUUUCCGACUAGUCGCAAGCGGCGGUCGCAUAUUUACCGGUUGCAAUUUGCCGUUCACCGGAAUAAACGCGGCAGCACAACCGGCUUUCUCCGAUGGCGUUCUCUUCGGCUACCAUGAAAUUCCCCUCUGUUCUUCACCUGCGUGCCCUUCCCGAAAGCUCUGCAACUCAAAGUUCAAUUUCCUUCCGAUAUUCACUUACGAAAUUCAGCCGCAGGAAAUCCUUAUCAGUUCGAUCGGUUUCAGUCCCUGCACCAACAUCAGAGGGUAUAGCACCGGCUAUCUCACUAACAGAUAAUGCAUUGAACCACUUGAAUAAAAUGAGAUCUGAUCGCAAUGAAGAUUUGUGCUUAAGAAUUGGUGUCAGACAAGGUGGAUGCUCUGGUAUGUCCUACACGAUGGAGUUUGAGAACAGGGCAAAUGCUAGACCCGAUGACUCAAUUAUAGAAUAUAAUGGUUUUGUGAUUGUAUGUGAUCCCAAGAGCCUGCUCUUCUUGUUUGGAAUGCAAUUGGACUAUAGCGACGCACUUAUUGGUGGUGGCUUCUCUUUCAAGAACCCAAAUGCUACACAAACUUGUGGUUGUGGAAAAUCAUUUGCUGCAGAUAUGUAGGAUCAUCAUCUGUAUAUAUGAAUGACUCAAUAGAAACUUGAUAGUCUUAUGUUUAAAAAAACUUAGAAUGUGUAAAAGACUCUUAGUUUGUUCGACCAUUGAUUCUAAUAUUGAUAUACUUUACAAAUAUUUUGUUGUUGUGUUGGUGAUA